AUGUCUAGAAUAGUGAAAGAUAAGCAGAAGAGACUUGAUGAGCUUCUUGAGAUAGCUGCUGAGAAAAGAAGAGUUAGGAAGGAAAAUGAAGCUAUUAGAAUUAGAAAAGCUGCAGAGAGGAAAAGCAAAGAAAAUGAUGAUAUAGAUGCUCUUUUGGAGAUGUCUACUGCCAGAAGUCCUUAUGAAGAGAGGAAAAGGAAGGAAGCUGAGGAGUUAAUUAAAGUUCCCCCAAAAGAUGCUGAUGUUUGUCUUAGUGUUGCUCUUGCUCAAUGAGAGCACUCAAUUAACCCAGCUAUCAAGGAUUUCUUGAAUCAACCUAUCCAGUGUGAGUUGGUGGAAGUAUCUAUAAAUGAUUCUGAUGAGUCUGACAAGCCUGACGAAAAUAUCAAUGUUUGGAAAUCUGAUAUAAGAAUUGAGAAAAUAUAUGUGGAUAAAAAUAACAUUAGUGGCCUACCAAUGAUUUCAAAGCUUCCAGACUGAAUUACAAAUAAAGAAGAUAAAAAAGAAGACUUCCCAAAAGCACAGAAAAUACUUGACCAAGAAGAAGCAAAUAGAGUAAUGGCUUCAUCUACAUUUGAUAAAUUUUUCUCUCAAGCUUCAAGGUUGAUAGAAAGAGGACUCGAUUAUGAAGCAGAUGCCAUUGGAUGCUUUGAAAGAUUUGAAGCUGAUGAAAGUGGAGUUACAUCUAAAGACAUUAACAUAAAAGAAAAUAUUACCUUUAUGAAAGAUACUCCAAUAACUAGAGCCAUCACAAACAUCGAAUGGUCACCUCAGCAUAAAGAGUUGUUUCUGUGUUCCUACUAUAAAUCAGAAAAAGAUUGGGGCCCUAACGAAACCGACGGAUUGGUAAAUAUCUUUUCUACACAUAUGCCUGAAAGGCCUGAAUUAACUCUUACCUCUCCGUCAGAAAUUACAUCUUGCAUUUUCCAUCCAACUGAAUCUCAUCUAGUCAUCGGAGGGACUUACUCAGGAAAUGUAUUAAUUUGGGACAUGAGAGAAAAAUGUAACUAUCCAUCAACUAGAACCAAGAUUCAAGGAUCAACUAUGAUCAAAGGGAUUAGUGUCGUUGGGACUCAGAAUGCUAAUAAUAUAGUUACAGUUUCUAACAAUGGCAUCAUUUGUUCAUGGUCUCCAAGUAUGAUGAGAGAGCCUCACAAGAGAGUCGACUUGGGAACUAAUUCUCGUGAUAUCCCCGUCCAUUGUAUCGACUUUCCAGAAGGAGAAACUAAUCAGUUUUAUCUUGGUGGGGAAGACUUUAAUAUCUACAGCGCCAAGAUUUACACAAAGAAGGAGAGCGAGCCAAAUAUCUCUGAAAGAUUCUCUAAUCAUUUUGGUACAAUAUUAUCUCUUCAUAGUCAUCCGAAAAUAAGCGAGAGAAAAUCUGUAACAUCAGGAUUUCUUCUAUCAACUGCUGCUGAUUGGAGGAUUGGCCUAUGGCAUCCUGAGGCUAGGAAGGAUCCUUUGCUCAUGAUUGAGGGAGAAGUUGAGUAUUAUGAUGCUCAAUGGUCUCCUGUGCAUCCAUCUGUCUUUGCAACUUGUAAUGGAAAUGGACAAAUUGAUUUAUGGGAUUUAGCAAAAGACACUGAAGAAAGCUGAUAUAAAAUAGACGCUGAUAAAAGAGCGAUAAAUAAGAUCAGAUGGAGCUAUGACGGAACAAAACUUCUUACAGGAAAUUCUAAUGGGGUGGUGAAGCUAUAUAGUGUUUACAAAGACUUUUAUCUGUCAAGAGAAGAAGACCAGGCAAAACUAGAAAGAAUACUGAAAAGAGAAAAUUACUAA